UGCAGCUAGGGAUUGGUUCAGGAGCUUUUAUUCUUCACUCCACUCCCGAUCUUCCGCCCAAUUAAAAUUCAAAGCCUGCCGAAUCUAUCAAUUCUACUUUUUCCUAAAUUAUUUUCUUAGAUCAGAACAAGGAAAUGGUUCACAGGUAUGGAGUUUGCUGAUUCGGAGAAACUAAAGUAUCAUGUUGCAGUGCGUUGAGGGAAUUAAGCAUGUUUUUGUUUCCCUUUUGCGGUGCUGCGAUCUUGACUUGUAUAGUCAAUCCAGAGGCCUAGACGAUCCUGAGAUACUAGCCGGGGAAACUGUGUUCAGCGUAAGUGAAAUUGAGGCUCUUUAUGAACUUUUUAAGAAGAUCAGCAGUGCCGUGAUUGAUGACGGGUUGAUUAACAAGGAGGAGUUUCAACUGGCUUUAUUCAAGACAAAUAAGAAAGAGAGCUUGUUUGCUGAUCGGGUAUUUGAUUUGUUUGAUAUAAAGCACAAUGGAAUACUCGGUUUCGAAGAGUUUGCACGUGCCCUAUCCGUCUUCCAUCCAAAUGCCCCAAUUGACAAUAAGAUUGAAUUCUCUUUCCAGCUGUACGAUCUCAAGCAGCAAGGUUUUAUUGAGAGGCAGGAGGUGAAGCAAAUGGUAGUGGCUACUCUUGCAGAAUCUGGAAUGAAUCUUUCGGAUGAUGUCAUUGAAAGUAUAAUUGACAAGACUUUUGAGGAAGCUGACACAAAGCAUGAUGGGAGGAUUGACAAGGAAGAAUGGAGAAGUCUUGUUUUGCGACACCCGUCUCUCCUGAAAAACAUGACGCUUCAAUACCUCAAAGACAUCACCACAACUUUCCCAAGCUUUGUCUUUCACUCGCAAGUGGAUGAUACUUGAAGUCAAGGGCAAAUUACAUUUUGCAAGUUUUCAGACGAUAUUGGUCUCUGAUAUGUAAAGAAGGGUCAAGAAAAUUUUCUCAUUAUUUAUUUAUUUUUUGUUUUGUUCUGUUGAGAUUUUUGGCCUUGCGUGAUUUUGUUCAAUGACUGAACUCUCUAGUACAUUCUCCCUUUUAGGUUGUAAGUCGAAGGCAUUCUGGUCUGUUUUAUGUUCUCUUAUUAGCCUACUUCAAUAAGAUUUUGAUUAUUUUGGAAAUCUGUUCU